CUCCCCUGUGCGCCGUUUGCUAUCGAGUUGGUGUUCUUACCAAUACCCCGCCCUCGGUUCCUUUUUUUGGGGUCUUGCGUGUCAUGUACUUCAACCUCAUCAGGUCCACAGAUGGAUAUUUCUCUGUUAUGUAGCCGCGAAUGGCCUGCGAUGAGACCAUUCGAGAGUCCAACUCCUUCAGCGCUUCUUUAACCAUCACCAUCGUAGGUGGAUGAAGAGAAGUUUUCCGUGCCACAGCAGAUCUUCCUCGGCCCAGUCUAACAGUGAUUCCUGCAGUCAUCAAAGAGAGAGACUCAGUUCAGCUGAACUGUCAGACUCCUUCAUCUGUCUCUGAGUGUUACUUCAAAAUGGAAGGGCAAGUGGAAUUCACCCUACCAUCACCCUGUCAACAGACUCUCACAGGAACACUACUGGUGAGGUGGACAGGUCAGAGUUCACCAGCUGAGGUCAAAAUACAAUGUCAGUACAGUGCUACAGGUUCACAGUUUAGAUCCAUGUUCAGUGAGCCUUCAACAGUCACAAUUCAGGACCUUCCUCAGCUGACAGUGAGUUCUACAGUCAUCAGAGAGACAGAAUCAGUUCAGCUGAGUUGUGAGACUCCUCCAUCUCUCCCUGUGUCUCACUGUUACUUCUACAUAGAGGGGAGGAAGAAUCUUCCAGACUCAUUGUGUACGCAGACAAUAACAGGAACUCAGCUGCUGAAGAGGGCAGAUCAAACAUUUCCAGUUGUGGUCAAAGUGAAGUGUUACUAUGCUGUAUGGAAGUCUCACACAUCUCCGUUUAGUAACUCUGUCUCAGUCACUGUUCAGGACCCACCUCCUCCCAGGCUGACAGUCAGUUCUACAGUCAUCAGUGAGAGAGACUCAGUUCAGCUGAGCUGUGACUCUCCUCCAUCUGUCUCUGUGUCUCAGUGUUACUUCUACACAGAGGGGAGAGAUCCUAAACCCUCACCCUGUACGAAGUCACUCACGGGGACUGAGCUGCUCUCGUCGGCAGGUCAAAGUUCAUCUGCUGAGAUCAAACUGAGAUGUUUUUACACAGUAGAAACUCACUUUCCAUCGAUGCACAGUGGUUCUGUCUCUCUAUCUAUUCUUGAUCCAAAACCAGACAUUACAGUCCAUUUUGAUGGGUACUUCACCAUCAUCUGUUUGAUUCCUGGAUCCGUCAGUCCUGACACCACCUGUAACCUGUAUGUUGGAGAGGAGAGUCAGCCAUCCUUCACAGAAAAGAUCUGGAAAGAAAAAAGCAAAGCUUCCAAACAGUGGUUCUGUAGAUUCACUGUAACUGAGAGGGAUGUUAUCAGAACUCUACAGUAUGUGAGACGUAUGGAGGUGAGCUGUGACUACAGAGUGAGCUCAGGACCAAACUCUCUCUCCACGCAGUGAUGGGUACAGCUUUAC